UCAACCCCGCAGUCCCUCUCCGUCCACCUCCGCCCGCCACCCCACACUCCACAACGGACGAGCGAGCCAAGCCCGGCCCUCCCCUCCCCUACCUCACCUGGCUUGUCUCUGCUGCGGGCAUUGACUCCUCCUCCACCUCCACCUCCACCUCCACCUCCAAAACUGACUCCUUUCCUAAUCUUGCUGGACAGUUCUCUGUAGUCUGUAUCCCCGCACAUGCCACCGUCGACACCUGUCAGCCCCACCACCGGGUCGCCCUAGCCGGUGCGGCGGUGCCCCUCUGCUGCCGUGCCCCCCGGGGACUUCCCGUAUCGCGGACGGGUCCUCCUCUGAAUGCGGUUGGGGUAGGAGAGGUAGUAUAGUAUAGAUAGAAGAGCCGUGCGCGCUCGGGAGGGGAGAGGAGAGGAGAGAGGCAGGAGUCCCGGGGCUGUACGGGGAGCAGCGUACCGCGUACGUACGCGCGCCCCACCGGCUGGCUACACGGCACGGGCCACCGCCGCGCGCGAGGGAGGAGGACAGGGUGUCAGCGCGGCCGGGCGGGCGGCCGGGCCCCUUUCCUUUCUUUCUGGUGCGGGCCUUGAAUGCGUCGUCCUGGCUGCUGAUAUCCACCCGCCCGCCCUCCCGGACUCCUCGGCCGAUCAGAUUCGGUUCUGUUACUCGAGCUCGCCGCGGAAAGAGGGGAGGGGAUAAGAGGGAGGAGGUUGGGACCUGAACCUGCCAGCAAGCCAGGCAUUCUGAUCCGGAUUCGGCUCCCUCAACCUCCCGGCCGCCUCGAGGAAGGAAGGAUACUUGAGAAGGCCAGGCUGCCGCGGGUUCUUCAGCAAGAUUCAGGGAUCUGUUUGAUACUGAACAGACCCUUGACCUCUUUGUGCAUCACCCAUCUUUUUUACAACUUGCGGCAAGAAUUUGGCAGCAAAUGGGUCGAGGAAUCGCUGCGAUUCCUGGCCUAAGGUCUCCCGGCGGCGUUUCUUGUGACUUCUGUUCGAAAUUUCACUUCAACAUGUGGUUCAUGCUAAUCCAAGCUUCCAAAGUUGGAAUCUGAUCACUUGUGACAGCGUUUCCCCGUGUUCUUAGUUCCCGGCAAUAUGGACACGGAGACCUCCUGGGUUAGGAGGACUAAGUUUUCGCACACCGUCUACACAAGGGUUAGUUCCCAUGGGGUGCAUGUGGCUCCUCUUGGCAGGGAUGUGGAGCAGAGACUUCAGAGGUUUGUGAGCAUGAGUAAGUGUGUGACGAUGCCCAUUGAUCGAGGCAAUGAUGAAACAGUGGCUGCGCUGAAGCAUACUGCUAGUUUGCCAUCACUUCGAGCCUCACUUCAGCCUAAUGAGAAGAAGGCCAGCAAGCAGAAUUUGAGUUUGGAGAUUCCUUUGAGCCCUCCGGCAAAGUCUGAGAAAUCCAAGGCCCCAAGGGCGAGGAGCCUGGUCAAGAGCCCAAGCUCGAUGAUGCUCCUUAGCUACUUAAAUAAUGCACACACAAGUCAGGGCUCCAACCUUCAUCAAAAGGCUAAUGGAUCUCCUCACAAGCUGAGAUCCAAGUCCCCUCUUCCCAGCGUAGUGCCUUCAGAUACAUUCAGGGAAGCGAGGGCCAGCAGUCAGAGGUUCACAAGCCCUCCCCCGAAGCGUGUGGGAUCUGAUAAAAGCGUCUAUGGCAAAUCGUUGGGCAGGGAAGGGUGUGAUAUGGGUCCAAGCCCUGAUUGGUGUUCGACUCCGGUGGUCUCUGAUAAGCACAAUUCUCAGAAGGAUAGCUCAUGGACCAGAAGAUACUUUGACAAUGGGGGAAGGAGGAGGGUUAGUGCAGUAGAGACUGUGAGGAGCCGUACGGUUAGCAUGGCUCAAGCGGUGCAAUCUACAGUUGAUUGGGAACUUGAUCCAACCAAGCUGCUUGUUGGCCAUAGGUUUGCUUCUGGGGCACAUAGCCGGCUAUACAAAGGACUUUACGACAAUAAGCCGGUUGCCCUUAAAUUUAUCCGCCGGCCUAAGCCUGACGCUGGUGGGAUAAUAGCUGCAAAGCUUGACAAACAAUAUAACACUGAGAUCAAUGCAUUGUCUCAUCUGCAUCAUAAGAAUGUGAUCAAGCUUGUAGCGGCUCAUAGAUGUGGACCGGUUUAUUACAUUAUUACGGAGCUUCUUCCUGGAGGUUCCUUGAGGUCAUACCUGCACAACCCAGAGCACCACCCCCUCCCUCUGGAGAGGACCAUAUCCAUCGCUCUGGAGAUUGCCCGCGGGUUGGAGUACAUCCACUCUCAGGGAAUUGUCCACCGCGACAUUAAGCCCGAGAACAUCCUUUUUGAUGAGAAGUUCGAGGUGAAGAUUGCUGAUUUCGGCAUUGCCUGCGAGGAAACGUUAUGUGAUCUGCUAGUGGACGAUGAGGGCACGUACCGCUGGAUGGCCCCUGAGAUGCUAAAGCGCAAGCCGUACAACCGGAAGGUGGAUGUAUAUAGCUUUGGACUGCUGCUGUGGGAGAUGGUGACCGGAAGAAUUCCUUUCGAGAACCUCUCCCCAGUCCAGGUGGCUUAUGCCGUUGCGAAUAAUAACAAGAAAGUGAUGGAGCCUCAAGAUUACUGCCCAGCAGUAGUGAGACCCCUGAUUGAGGAGUGCUGCGCGUUGCAGCCUGAGAAGAGGCCGGAUUUGUGGCAGAUUGUGAAAACCCUGGAGAAGAUCCAGUCGGUUAUGUCGCAGGGCGGCUGCCUGGACGCGCUGAGGAGCAGUGACCACAAGAAGGGGCUUAAGCACUGGAUUCAGAAACUGAAGCCAUCGCACAGCGCGUGAGCUCAGUCAUCUAGCAUUGUUUCGACCGUUAUUUUAUCCGGUUGGGUAUGCUCCCCUAGUCUAGCCUAGCGUAAGAUGAUAUAAGCUUUUCAUUUCGUGUUUUAAGAUUCUAGGAUGGAUGCGGAUGUUUAUUAGGUGAGCUACAAUUUGCUUUUUUAUUACAUUAUUAGUAGUUGUAUACCAUAUCAAACUUAUACUAUGUGUUAUCUCAUUGGCUCUUGCUCCC